CUGGCACCACCUACAUCUUCGGCAAAGGAGGGGGUCUGAUCACGUACACGUGGCCCAACAACGAGAGGCCGAGCACACGGACGGACCGGCUGGCGGUGGGCUUCAGCACCACCAUCAAAGACGGCAUCCUCGUCCGCAUCGACAGCGCCCCGCGUCUGGGCGACUACAUCAUGCUCCACAUUGAACAAGGCAAAGUAGGUGUGACAUUCAACAUUGGGACGGUGGACAUCAGUGUCAAGGAGACAACCACGGCGGUAAAUGAUGGCAAAUACCAUUUGGUCCGAUUCACCAGGAACGGGGGCAACGCGACCCUGCAGGUGGACAACUGGCCAGUCAAUGAGCACUUUCCCACAGGCAACAGCGACAUUGAGCGCUAUCAAAUGGCAAAUAAGAAAAUCCCGUUCAAAUAUACCCGGCCAGUAGAAGAUUGGCUUCAGGAGAAAGGCCGGCAGCUGACAAUCUUCAACACCCAGGCCACUAUCUCAAUCGGCGGCAACGACCGGAAGCGGCCCUACCAGGGUCAGCUCUCCGGCCUCUAUUACAAUGGCCUCAAAGUCCUCAACAUGGCCGCCGAGGGCCACGCCAACAUCAAGGUGAACGGCAGCGUGCGGCUGGUGGGCGACGUGCCCGUCAGCCGGGGCGCGGCGCGCACCACCACCUCCGUGCCGCCGGAGAUGUCCACCACCUUCAUCGAGACCACCACCACCCUGUCCACCACGACCACCCGCAAACAGCGCUCGCCACCCACUAUUCAGACAACAGAUGACAUUGUUUCGUCGGCCGAGUGCUCCAGCGACGACGAGGACCUGGAAGAGUGCGACUCCGGACACACAGGAGGGGAGCUAGUCAUCCCCGUGCUAGUCGAGGACCCCAUAGACAUCCCUUCUGUAUCCACCCGUUCUCCCUUCAUCCCCCUCCCCCCAACCCUCCGCCCCGUCCUCACCAUUAUUGAGACCACCAAAGAAUCCUUGGCCAUGGCCACUGAGGCGGGGGUACCUUGCUUGUCGGACCGAGGCAGCGAUGAUUGUGAUGAUGGUGAUGGUGGUGAUGAUGGUGAUGAUGAUGAUGAUGAUGGCAUGGUGAUUUCGGGGUUUGGCUCUGGCGAAGCUUUCGACUCUAGCCUGCCCCCGACUGACGAUGAAGAUUUUUACACCACCUUCUCCCUGGUAACAGAUAAGAUCUUGACCACAUCGGCCUAUGAAGGCGGCUACAAUGCCCUCGCGCCCAAGUGGGAGGCCAAGGACUUGAGGCCUAGCAAAGCCUCUGAGGCAGGUAGGACUACACCCACCUCGCCUCUGCCCGACCUCCGGGGCACGCCGCCGGCGGCGGUCCCCUCAGACACGCCACCCAAGCUGCCCGCCGGGAAAAUGAACAACCGCGAGGUAAAACCCCCACAGCCGGACAUAGUCCUGCUGCCCUUGCCCACGUCCUUCGAUCUGGACGGCACCAAGCCACGGGGCCCCUUCAUCACCUCGCCCAUGCUGCGCACGGUGCCUGCCGCCUUGCCCACGGUGCCCGGCGUGGUACGGCGGGUGCCCCCGGGGGCCUCAGAGGUGAUCCGGGAAUCCAGCAGUACCACGGGCAUGGUGGUGGGCAUUGUGUCAGCCGCCGCCCUCUGCAUCCUCAUUCUCCUCUACGCCAUGUACAAGUACAGGAACAGGGACGAGGGUUCCUACCAGGUGGACGAAACACGCAACUACAUCAGCAACUCGGCGCAAACCAAUGGCGCUGUGGUGAAGGAUAAAACACCCAGCGGCAGUGCCAAAGGCAGCGCCAGUAGCAAGAGACCGAAAGACAAGGACAAGGAAUAUUAUGUAUAG